ACAACGAAAGGAAGCUCUCUGCAUUUUCCAAUUCCAUCGGCAGAGGAUUUCGGCAAGUUCAAUCCAGAGAGACUCUCGUUCUGGGCAUGGAGAGGUUCGCCGCCAUGGUCGCCGGCCGCCGCGCCGCUCCCGCUCCCAAGCCCGAGGGGGAAGGGGAGGAAGGGGACAAGGAGUACCUGCGGAUCCAGCUGGAGGAGAUCGUCAUCGUCAAGGACGACGCCUACGACGCGCUCGCCGCCGCCACCGCCGCCGCCGCCGCGCACUCACGCCCCAACGCCGCCGCCAACGCCCACUUCAGCGCCACGCCCACGCCCACCGGCACCGCGUCCACCUCCAUGGAGAACUGCGCGAGGGCCGCGGCGGCGGCGGCGUACGGGGGGCCGCCGACGAGGGGUGCGGCGGCGCAGGGCGCGUGGACGACGGCCGCGAGGGGCGUCGGCUUCGACUAGACGUCGACCGCCGGCGACGCGCUCUCCUUCCCGAUCGGCGUGUCGUGUGUGGGGGAUUCUCUUGUUCGUAUCUACUAGCAGCAUCGAAUUCGUGUUGGUUGGUGAGCUCUUUAGUUUCGUAGGUUUAAUUUUUUGCUUGAUUCUUCGACGGUGUCGGUGGAGGUUCAAUCUCGGAUCCUCAAUUCGGUU